AUGGCGUCCUACGGACAAGUAACUGAAAAUCCAGCUCGAGCUGGAAACAACACGGGCAUUCAGAAUGCUCAAUAUGGAAUGCCACAAGUGCCGAUGACUAUGGGGCCGACCUUCCCUCAACAGCCGCACAGCUAUAUUGGGAUGAUUCCUUCGGCGCCCAUUCAACAAUAUCCGCAAGCACACAUUUCGAAUUAUUAUCCGAUGAAUCCGAAUUACCCACCAAAUCCUUCUCAAAUCCAUCCGCAACCAAAUAUUGUCAAUCGUCAAGGAUACUACAUCAAUCCAAUGAUGAUGCAAGUGCAUAUGCAACCUAUGCAAUGCUCUAUAUGGAAUGCCACAAGUGCCGAUGACCAUGGGGCCGAUAUUCCCUCAACAGCCGCACAGCGAUAUCGGGAUGAUGCCUUCAACGCCCAUUCAACAAUAUCCGCAAGCACACAUGUCGAAUUAUUAUCCGAACGCCAAGCACCAGCAACUCGUGAAAAAAAGCCAUUAUUAAUUUGUGAUCCAAAAACGAAGGUGGCUGUUGAUGUUUGCAAUUCGGAUGUUAAGGUUAAAGAUUCGAAGAUUCUACCUGCAACGAAUCAAACGGCAGGAGCUUAUGCUGAAAAGAAGAAACAACUUCAAAUGCGUGAUAUCAAGAAUAAACAGAAGGGGAAACCAACAGAAGCUACGGUUUUAGAACAAACAACGGAGAAUGUUACGACAGCCAGGGCCAGGAUCUCAUCGGCUCCGGAACCAGCGUUUGUCACUGAAGAGGGAACAACUAAGAGCACAAAUACUCCUCAAAUGGUUGACUCACUCAAGAAGCGGCUGGAAAAUAUGGCAAUAGCGGUGACAGAUUGUCAUGAGCCUGAUGUUUCAGGAGCCACUUUGUUAGACACGGAACUUGAUGUGGAAAAAAAGAACGAAGCAAUUGUUGUGCCACCUACGACUCCAGAAAUCAAAGAUGACGGGGCUCCAAUGUCGGAAGCUAUUCUUGAUGUUAGUCCGGUCGAGCCAUUCACAAAUUUGCAGUCAAUUCUCGAUUCUCUUGAUGUGAGAACAGCGGCAACGAUUUCCCUUUCUGAUGUGACAACAGCUCAUGAAUUUAAUAUGGCCGAUUUGCGAGAACACACCGUACAAAAGAUGAUCUCGACGUAUGGCAUUGGAAGUGUUGACAUUCGUGCUGCCAAUUGUCGUCUAGGAUCUGCUUCCGAAAGCAAUGACGACUUCAGACCGCAUCCAAGUGUUCUACUUUGCACUCAACAGCGGCUGCAAGAACUCCUUGUUGUGGUCGGGAUCGAUCUGAUAUGCCCUCUUCUCAUGAAUCACUCGCUACUACACACACGUGCUCUUCUUACUCCAGCUCUUAUUCGUGCUGCAAAAGUUGCAUAUCAUCAUUUGAUGGAGUUCCAUCUCUCUGCACUCAAUGCCAGAAUCAUCUUCAAUAGCCGCAAAACGAUCGCUCUCAAAACGAUAAAACAAUCC